GCAAAAACUAAACAGAUAAAACCCAAAAAUUAAACUGAUAAAAUUGAAUGCUUAUCCUGUAAUAUCACCUACUCAAUAGACGACAAACUAUUCUCCUCAAUUGAUCUCCAUCAAGAACGUUGCGUCGUUUGUAAGUCCUCUAAGUGCUUCUACCCAAUCUAGCACCACUUCACAAAGCAUGGCAUCCAUGGAACGCCUUGUUAUUGAACUCAGCAAUCCUGAUCUCAGAGAAAAUGCUCUUCGUGUUCUCUCCAAGAAAAUGACGUCAUUUCAGGAGCUUGCACCUUUAUUGUGGAAUUCUUUUGGUACUAUCACAAUACUUGUGCAAGAAAUAAUUUCAAUAUAUCCUACUCUUUCAUCAGAGAAUCUUACUCCAACACAAUCAACUCGAAUGUGCGAUGUUCUUGCAUUACUGAUGUGUGUGGCAUCUCACCCAACUACAAAGAUGUCAUUCCUCAAUGCUAACAUGCAUUUAUAUUUAUAUCCAUUCCUUCAAACAACAAGCGAGUUAACACAAUAUGAGUGGUUGAGGCUUGGUAGUCUUGGAGUCAUUGGUGCUUUGGUGAAGGUUAACACCAAAGAAGUCAUGAGUUUCCUUCUUCCAAAUGAAAUAAUUCCACUAUGCUUAGGCUGUAUGGAAAACGACAAAGAGCCAUCAAAAUCGGUUGGAACAUUUAUCAUUCAGAAAAUGUUGUUAGACAAUGCUGGUCUAGCUUAUGUUUGUGAUACAGCAGAGCAAUUUUUUACAGUAGCUCGAGUUUUUGACAUGAUGUUGUCAAGUCUUAAGAAUCAACAUUCACCUCGUUUGUUGAAGCUUAUAAUUCGAUGCUAUUCUCGUUUGUCUGAACAUAGCAGGGCUCGCGAUGCAUUAACAAGUUGUCUUCCAAACAUGCUCAAAGAUUUCAAUUUCAUCAAUUGUCUUUAUGAAGAUUCAACAACUUGGAGGUGCAUAAAAAAGUUGUAUGAAAAUCUUGGGAUGAAUCAAGCUUCUUUGGUACCUAGUGGAUGA